UCAGCGCGCGGGUGGGCGGGGCGCUAAGCGGAAGUGUUGUUGUGAGUGGGUCACCUCCGGGCCCGGGAAGAUGGCCCAAAGGCUGGUGCUCCGGCGGCUGCUGUCCCUCACCAUCAGGACACUGCCCCUGCAGGGGCAGCGGAUGCUCUCUGGCCCCCUGGCACCGCGUGCCCCCCUGGUACCUCAUGGCAAAGCCUUUGGCACCUCAGCAAGCUGCAGGAGCACCUUCAAUGUGCAGGAUGGCAGUGACUUCCAGGACCGGGUAGUGAACAACCCCAAACCUGUCGUGGUGGACUUCCAUGCGCAGUGGUGUGGCCCCUGCAAGAUCCUAGGCCCCAGGUUAGAGAAGAUGGUGGCCAAGCAGGAGGGGAAGGUUCUGAUGGCCAAAGUGGACAUUGAUGAUCACACAGACCUUGCUAUUGAAUACGAGGUGUCAGCAGUGCCAACCGUGCUGGCUAUGAAGAAUGGAGAUGUCGUGGAUAAGUUUGUGGGGAUAAAGGACGAGGAUCAGCUGGAGGCAUUCCUGAAGAAACUCAUCGGCGCCUGAAGUAAAAGGGUGGCUGUACCUCUGCCUCUGGACACGUCCACGUUGCGCAUUCCUUGCCUGGGAGAGCUGAGGGGCACGUGAACUGCCUGCCUUGUGUGACCUGGGUUUUUUUUUUUUUCUGGUUUGGGGUUUUUUUGAAACGGACAGUGUUGUAACCCUUCCCUCCACUCCCCCUUCUCUUGAGCAGCAGUAGUUGUAAAGCGUGCUGAGGAAUGGGGCUGCUUAUUCUCAAAAUGGGGAAUGCGGCUGGAAUUAGGAGCCUGUGUUUAUCAGCAAAGAGCUGACGUGCGGAGCUGCUGCUGAGUUAAGAGGAGGAAUGUUUUUCUCUUUGCCUAGCAUCUGAUAGCACAGAGCAGAGGGCAGCUGCUCCCUGCAAGACGUGGGUACAUACCUGCCCUGGGUGGGUUUGUUUAAAGCUGAGAAUGUCUCUGCCUUGUCAAUGAAACCUGUCCCUCUGUCCUUGUGCGGCUGAGACAGGUACAGCUCCCAUCAUAAUUUUAUAAGAGAAAAAUAGAAGUAUUUUAUGGGUCUCCCUUUGUAGGUCUGUAAUAAAGAGAACUUUAUCGGUCA